AUGGCUAGAGGAUUGAAGAAGCAUUUGAAGAGGAUCAAUGCCCCCAAGCAUUGGAUGCUCGACAAGCUCGGUGGUGCUUUUGCUCCAAAGCCCUCAUCUGGACCACACAAGUCAAGGGAAUGCUUGCCACUUAUUCUGAUAUUGCGUAACAGACUCAAGUAUGCUUUGACAUACCGUGAGGUCAUUGCUAUUCUGAUGCAAAGGCAUGUCCUUGUUGAUGGCAAAGUUAGGACUGACAAGACUUAUCCUGCUGGAUUCAUGGAUGUUGUGUCCAUCCCCAAAACAAAUGAGAACUUUCGCCUGCUUUAUGAUACCAAAGGCAAAUUCCGUCUCCAUUCUGUCAGAGAUGACGAGUCAAAGUUCAAGCUCUGCAAGGUCCGUUCAGUGCAAUUUGGGCAGAAAGGCAUCCCAUACCUAAACACCUAUGAUGGUCGCACAAUCCGCUACCCAGACCCUGUCAUCAGGGCAAAUGACACCAUUAAGCUGGAUCUUGAGGAGAACAAGAUCGUUGACUUCAUCAAAUUUGAUGUUGGGAAUGUAGUUAUGGUUACUGGUGGAAGGAAUAGGGGACGUGUUGGAGUCAUCAAGAACAGGGAGAAGCAUAAGGGAACCUUCGAGACAAUCCACGUUCAGGAUGCCACUGGACACGAGUUUGCUACCCGUCUGGGCAAUGUGUUCACCAUUGGCAAGGGUACAAAGCCAUGGGUAUCUCUUCCCAAGGGUAAGGGUAUCAAGCUUACUGUCAUUGAGGAAGCUAGGAAGAGAGCUGCUGCAGCCCAACAAGCAGUUGCUGCUUAA